GUUCCAUUUUUCUGGGUUACAUUUUUUUCUUUUAGGUGGAGAAUCCGGGUACUAGUGCACUGUUUUUUUUAUAUAACUUAGCCAGGAAUUUUUAAGGUAGGACAUAGAGACAGGUCAUAGUUAGGGAAAACCAAUACAGUGUCGAGAGUUGGGAGUAUAUUGAUUGCAAUGACGCAGACGCCGAACCAGCACCGAACAGCUCACCUGAUAUCGGAUACCCCUCCGCAACUGACGCCCCAGACAACAUACGCAGUUACUCCUGGGCUUGGUCAAUCACCGAACAUGGAAGGAGCACACCGUCAGUACCCACAUUUGGUUCCUCCAUCAGAAGGAGUGUCCCCUCUACGUCUUGCUGGUCUAGAUCCACUCCACACCGCGGCAGAGCAGAGAGGACAGGGAGCUCCAAGGAUGUUGACCACGCAUCAGGUCAAGAGCGUGCCAACAUUUAGCGGGAAGGAGCGACACGGCCCCCGACUGGAGGACUGGAUCCGGGAUAUGCGGUUCCUCCUUGGAUGCAAGGGAACAGCCCCAGGGAUCCUCCAGUUUCAUGAGGCUGUCAGACACACAGGAGGAAAAGCGAGAGAUGUGCUGCUGAACCUUGAGAGUAGGACACCAGAGGGUCUAGACGCGGAGAAAGCCUUCGUCGAGCUGCUGGAAGAAUACGGGGAAGACAAAAGUGCCCUGUCUCCCGUGGCCAAAUUUUACGCCAGGGUGCAGCGGGGAAACGAAACCCCAAUGGAGUUCGCCAUUGGAUUGGAAUCGACCUUGAGGGAGGUUGAAGAGACGAGGCGGCGCCGGGGACAGAAGUCCGAGGAAGAGAGCCGAGACAAGAUGUUGGCAACCCAGUUCAUGGUGGGUUUGAAGAACCUACACUACAAGCAGAGAUUGGCGCCGAUGCAACCGAGGUUUAUGGCCUUCCGGGACGUGCGCCGGGAACUUCACAUUAUUGAAGAAGAGGAGAGGCAGGCAGCAGACCUCAGACGACAGCAGACGUCCUUCUCAAUGAGCGAGGUGGCUCAAAGCCUGCCCCAAGUUAAGGCCCUGGGUAAAGACGUAAAGGGGCCAGCCCAACCCGUGAAGGAGGUUGUCCCGGUCCCACUCGGGCCAAACGACCCCAACACUCCGAUAAUCCAGCAACUCAUGACGCAACAACUGGAGGAGAUGAAGGGGAUGCAUCGUGGUCAGAUGGAGGCCUUAGACAGAGUUCUCCAGGAGCAACGCCAACAUGGUCAACGCCUUGCACGACUAGAGGGUGCUGUUUUCCAACAUCAGCCCACCCGUCAGCCCCAAUCGGGCAAACCCCCAUAUACUGGAUGUUUCAACUGUGGAGAUCGCCGACAUCUAGCAAGAAAUUGCCCCAGCUUAACCACAGUGAGCAACCACAGCAGCAGCAGGCCCCCACCACUCAGCCUAUGUUAA